CCCCUCCGCUCAGUUUGCUUCAGAACUUGACGGGCAUCAGACGUUCCUGAACUUCCUCAAAAGGGAAAAAAUCAUUCACGAAAUAGUUUUCUAAUAUAAAUUCUAUCAUAUAGUUUUUUUGUGCAUAGUAUGGUUAUUAUUAUAUUUUAAACUAAAAAAAACGCUGUGAUAUCCAAUAUGUUGAACGGAAAGCUGCAAACGGUCUCCAGAUUUGCCUUGAGGCAGAAAUGUGUCUUCAAGUCGAUUCGCAGCAUCUCCACAUCACUUCCAGUUCUGAUUAGCCACAAACAUCAUGUGGGCAAGGAGCCGCUGGUGUACCGCACCAUUGGAAGCCAAUUGGAACUAUCGGCAGCGGAGUUUGGAAAUACUGAGGCUAUUGUCUCGUGCCACGAGGGAAAACGGUACACUUUCAAGAGCUUGCUGGAGGAAGCGGAUGGCUUGGCGGCGGGUCUGCUGAAGCUGGGUCUCCAGCGAGGGGACGCAGUGGGUCUGUGGGCUCCGAACUAUAUGCAUUGGUACCUGGGCAUGAUGGGAGCUGCUCGAGCCGGUCUCACCUCGGUGGGCAUCAAUCCCGCCUUCCAGGGACCCGAGGUGGCCUACUGUCUGAACAAAGUAAACAUCAAGGCUAUCAUUGCGCCGGAGACCUUUAAGUCCCAGAACUAUUACGAGAUUUUGAGGGGCAUCUGCCCGGAGAUUGCUGGCGCAGAGUCGGGAAAGAUCCGCAGUGAGAAGUUUCCGCAUCUGCAAUCGGUGAUCAUCGACAGCAACGACGGUUUAAAGGGAGCCCUUCGUUUCGACGACCUUCUGGACUUGGCCAACAAGUCGGAGCGCGAGAAGAUAUCGAAAAUCCAGAACGAAGUUCUCCCCGAGUCCCCCUGCAAUAUUCAAUUUACGUCCGGAACCACCGGAAACCCCAAGGCGGCUGCUCUGUCCCAUUAUAACUUUGUGAACAAUGGCAUCCAUGUGGGCAACCGGAACGAACUGGCAGGCGAAAGAAUCUGCGUCCAGGUUCCAAUGUUCCAUGCUUUUGGAGUGGUCAUCACGAUCAUGGGUGCGAUGACUAAGGGAGCCACCAUGGUGCUUCCAGCCGCUGGUUUCAGUCCAAAGGACUCGCUUCACGCAAUCGUCAAUGAGAAGUGCUCAGUACUCCACGGAACACCAACCAUGUACGUGGAUUUGGUGAAUACCCAACGGAAACUGAAACUGCCGCUGGGCAAGAUCAAGAAAGCCAUUACCGGAGGUGCUAUUGUUUCGCCGCAACUAAUUAAAGAUGUGCGAGAGGUCCUUGGCGUUGAAUCCGUUCGAAGUGUUUAUGGGCUGACGGAGACCACGGCUGUCAUCUUCCAGUCCCUGCCUGGUGACCAUGAUGAUAUUGUCCUCAACUCAGUGGGUCACAUACAGGAUCACAUCGAGGCCAAGGUGGUGGAUGCCGAGGGCAAGUGUGUACCUUACGGACAGCCAGGAGAACUGUGUGUACGAGGAUAUGUUACCAUGCUCGGCUACCACGGCGAUGAGGAGAAGACCACGGAAACCAUUGGCAAGGACAAGUGGCUGCGCACUGGCGAUCAGUUUAUCCUGGAGGCGAACGGAUACGGACGCAUUGUGGGCCGCCUCAAGGAGAUGAUAAUUCGCGGCGGCGAGAACAUUUUCCCCAAAGAGAUCGAAGACUUUUUAAAUGCCCAUCCGCAGAUUAUUGAAGCACAUGUUAUUGGUGUUCCGGACGAGCGACUGGGCGAGGAGGUGUGCGCCUUUGUCCGCCUUAAUGAGGGCGUGGACCCCGCCUCCUUCACCGCAGAGGCUUUAAAGGCGUACAGCAAGGGAAAGCUGGCCCACUUCAAAAUACCCCGAUUUGUGAUUCCCGUAGACUCAUUCCCGAAGACUACAUCUGGCAAGAUCCAGAAGUUCAAACUAGUACAAGCAUUUAAGGAGAGACAGGGCCAAGGCCGAAACGCUGCCAGGGCUUAGAUAUAAGAUGCAAUUAACUGUAUAAAUAAAACAAUAAAUUAAGUUUUAAAAUUUAAA